CGACAAAACUCGAAAUACAGAGGAAAAAAGAAUAAGAAAAAAAAAGAAAUAUUUUCGAGAAAACGAAUCAAGUCUGCUACUGUAGCUGUGUUGUGAGAAAGAGAUAGAUAGAUAGAUAGAUAGAUAGAUAGAUAGAAAGAUAGAUAGAUAGAUAGAUAGAUAGAUAGAUAGAUAGAUAGAUAGAUAGAUAGAUAAAGAGAGAGAGAGAGAGAGAAAGAUAACGUGAGACAAUAUUAUCGGCGCUUCCAACGGAGCAGAGUAAACUUUGAAGAAGAGAGAGAUCAAACGAUUCGGCGAUAGAUAGAUCGUCGAGAGAAAGUAAAUCGACUUAUAAUGUCUCUCUUUUUGGCGUUUAACGAGAGGAUGAAGAUCAGAUCUAAGAAUGAUACGAACUCCUCUUCCAUGGUCCAAUCGAGAGGGAAACGCGAUCGGGGAUAGUCGAUUUCUCCAAAAGAUACGAUCUCAGAGUUUCGAAGGUACGAACUGAAAAGAGUAAGAGAAAGAAAAGAAAAGACUAGAGCGACCUUUGACCUUUCCCGAAUCCUUCCAAUCGACUACUAUCGAUAGCUACAGUACAAUUCGAUCUACAUCCUCUCAACGGUAUCGCAAGUAUCAUUGCAUUUACAUAUCCUUUCGACUGGUCUCGCUUAUAUUCGAAAGAAAAAGAAAGAAAGAGAAAAAGAUAGAGAAAGAGAGAGAAAGAAAGAAAAAGAGAGAGAGAGAGAGAUAUUACGAUCGUUGCUGAAAUCGAAAAACGGUAAUGAGUCCUCGCGAUACAUCGAUCCAUAUGAUGAUACAUCUUAUCCCUUCUCGUCCACUAGAUACAUAUUAUCGUUUAGGUGUAUGCUGUGUGCGCGCGUGAGAGUGAUUCCGAACAGUGUUGGAAUACGGGUCUUCAGGAAAGGGAGUGGGGUGAAACGAGAAAAGGAUUAAGGUCAGGGUGGAGACGCGCCUAUCGUCGUCGUCGUCGUCGUCAUCGUCUUCUUCUUCUUCUUCUUCUUCUUCUGCGUCCCACGUUUAUCUCCUCGCAAGCUCUCACCCUUCACGGACUUUCUUUUUCAUCACAAAGCUUGCUAAAACGUGUAGAUGAAGCUCGUAAAUACGAGAGAGUAAAGGGAACUGUAAUCACGGAUAUGACGAUACGAUGAUGCGAGAUCCGCAAAGACGGAAACGAAGUGCUGGGAGUCGGCGAAGUCUGACUGUUAUAAUUCAGGCUCUGCUGAUACAAAAUCUCAGCGUUUUAAGAGCCAUAGGACAAACAUCUGAAUGUCCGCCAACGGAAUCCAUUCCAGGUUGUCCUUGCUAUAAUUUCCAGGAUGGUCUCUUCCUCGAAUGUUCUGGCGCCACGGAGGAGACCCUACGGAGUACUUUACAAGCUGUUCUAAUGGCGAGUGGAACAGAUACGAUAAUACAGUCGUUGAGCGUCUACGAACUGGAUAAAAGCAUCGAAGUACUGAAAGAAGGCAGCUUCCCGGCGGAAACACAAAUAAGACAUCUGCAAAUAUCGCAUUCGUCGCUGAAAGAGAUCAACGAGGACGCCUUUUCCAAUCUGAGGAAAAGCUUAGAAUCCUUAGCUCUCUUGUCCGGACGUUUGACACAUGUGCCACAGAAAGCGUUGUCCGAUUUAAAAAAACUCGAUGUCCUUCACCUUGAAUCGAAUUUGAUUCAAGAUCUUUCUUCGUACUGUUUCUAUGGUCUGAAAUUAUUGAAAUUGAGUUUAAAGAGCAAUCAAAUCUUGAAGAUAUCGGAAUAUGCGUUCGCUGGACUGGAGGAUAGUCUAAGCGAUUUGGACCUAGCCGAGAAUAAGCUCAAGUUAUUUCCGAUGGCACCACUUAGGAGACUCGAAAGUUUGGCUUCUCUUCGACUUUCCUAUAACGAAAUCUCUGAAUUACCGGACGAUGGUUACAGUCUCCUCGGUUCCUUACUGAUUCUCGAUCUAAGUAGCAAUAAUUUUGAAAAAUUGUCAGAGAAUUGUUUCAGACCUUGUCCCAUAUUACAUACUCUUUCCCUUUACUACAAUUCCAUCGAAACAAUUCACAAAGAUGCUUUUAUAUCGUUGAAAGACUUGGAAUCGAUAGACCUAAGUCACAAUAAAAUAGUCCUUCUCGACGUGACUACUUUUAGAAGCAACGAGAGACUCCGAACGAUCGAUCUCAGCCACAAUCAUAUCCAUUAUAUAGGUGGGGUAUUCGCGAGACUACCGGAAUUGAGAGAACUUUAUCUCGCGGAAAACAAUAUUCUCGAAAUUCCUGGAGAUGCGUUCGCCGGUAGUGUCAGUCUCGCUGUGGUUUAUCUUCAACAAAAUGCUAUCAGAAGAAUUGACGCGAAGGGUUUAGCCAGUCUGACUCAACUGGCACAAUUACAUCUAAGCAACAAUUACAUCGAAAAGGUACCACGAGAUUUUCUCGAUCAUUGUGAAAAUCUUUCGUCGUUGUCUUUGGACGGCAACAAAAUUCGAGAACUUCAACCGGGCACUUUCGUUAAGUUGCAUCAAUUAAGAGAAUUAAGACUGCAGGACAAUCAAAUAACCGAAGUAAAAAGAGGAGUAUUUUCACCGUUACCCGCUUUGCUCGAGCUUCAUCUCCAGAAUAAUGCGAUCACGGAUAUGGAGACUGGCGCGCUAAGAACACUGAAUAGUCUUCAACACGUUAACUUGCAAGGAAAUCAGCUGACGAUGCUCGGCGACGUCUUUCAGCUAUCUACUUCCGAAUCUUCAUCCGGUGGAAGUUCUCUGGUGUCGAUUCAAUUGGACAGCAAUGCUCUGGCCGUCUUGCAUAACGAUUCUUUACGCGGACAAGCUUCCGUUAGAAUUAUGUGGCUCGGCCAUAAUAAAUUAACACACUUGCAAGCUCCUCUCUUCCGAGACUUGCUCUUGGUUGAACGACUGUACUUAACAAAUAACUCCAUAUCUAAGAUCGAGGAUUCCGCGUUUCAACCGAUGCAAGCACUGAAAUUUCUCGAGCUAAGUAUGAAUAAGCUCGGUCAUGUAACUGCACGCACCUUUUCUGAACUUCACAAACUCGAGGAAUUGUAUCUCCAGGACAAUGGACUUCGCAGAUUGGAUCCUUAUGCUCUGACAGCUCUAAAAAAAUUACGAGUGUUGGAUUUAGCGAAUAAUCAUCUCGCUGUACUACAAGAAACAAUGUUUCAAGAGGAUCUACCAAUAGAAACGCUCAAUUUGAAGAAUUGCUCUAUAACGAGUUUAGAAAAUGGCGUCUUCGGUGGCCUCCUGAAUUUGUCUUACCUCAAUUUAGAAGAUAAUUUGAUAACCGCCAGCGCUCUUAUUCGUCUCCAUGUGCCAGGACUUCGAACAUUGCUCGCCUCCGGAAAUAAUUUCAGUCACAUCAUGGAACGCAGUCUAAACGGCCUGCCUUCCCUUCAGGAGCUCAUCAUUGACGAUGCAAAAAUAUCGAAAUUACCCGAGACGAUUUUCCAUUUUAAUAGAAAUUUGGCACGGCUGCAUCUCAAUCGGAAUCUUCUCAGAGUUCUACCACCUGGCAUCUUCGACAGAUUGUUAUCACUUCGUGAGAUUCGUUUAGAUCGCAACCGAUUUCUGGACAUUCCCUAUUCCGCAUUGGCAAACGCCCUCAACCUUGAAAUACUCACAUUAUCCAACAAUGAGAUAGUUAAUGUGGACGUGGCCAGUUUUGUUAGUUUAAAGUAUUUGAGAGAAUUGGAUUUGAGCCACAAUCGGAUAGACACAAUGUCUGGCUUUGCCAUAGCCAAUCUAUCCCAUUUGCUCUCCGUGGAUCUCAGCCACAAUUACUUGAACGCUUUACCUGCUAACUUUUUUGCACAUUCGUCGAUGUUACGACGCGUCAACCUAUCAGAAAAUAAAUUCCGGCAAAUACCAGCGGUAGCUCUAUCCGGACAAAAUCUCCCCGGUCUCGCCUGGCUGAAUCUAACAAGAAAUCCGCUCAAUAGAAUUCAUGAUCUACCCUCGGAGGCUAUGUAUCCAAUCCUACAAGAGAUACACAUAUCUGGUACCAAUCUGAGCAUCGUCACGUCACAAGAUUUCGAAGCUUUUCCGGCUCUUCAACACCUCUUUCUAGGUCAAAAUUGCAUCCUAAGAGUAUCUCCAGGAGCAUUUCGUAGCUUACCAAAUCUAUUGACCCUCCAUCUAGGUAUGAACAGCCUAGAGAUUUUACCGAAAGAGAGGCUCCAAGGUAUGGAGCAUCUGCGAGUACUGAAUCUCACGCACAAUCGAUUAAAGGAACUCGAGGAAUUUCCAAAGGAUCUUAAGUCUCUUCAGGUACUGGACCUAUCCUACAACCAGAUCGGUAUCGUUGGCAAAGUGACGUUCAAGAAUUUAAUUAGUCUGGUCGAGCUGCAUCUCUAUGGUAACUGGAUAAACGCGAUCUCCAGCGAAGCAUUUAAGCCUUUGAAGAAACUACGGCUUCUCGAUCUAAGUAGAAAUUACUUGGAGAACCUUCCACUGAACGCUUUCCGACCUCUCGAGACACAAAUACGAAGUCUUCGAGCCGAAGAAAAUCCCUUACAUUGUGGCUGCGAGUCACAGGAAUUGUGGGAAUGGUUGAGAGAUCAUCAGAAGUUGGUCGGUGGAGUAGGUCGUGGUCGCGGCCGUGGAAGAAACGGCGUCGGAAUGGGUGACGUCGAGGGUGGUUUACUGAAAUGCGAACAGCCACCGGAGCUUCGUGGACUUGUCUUUCUUGAUCUCGACCCUCAUGCCUUUUGUUCCGCUCCUCUUGUCCUCAAACUCGCAAUCCAGGAUAUACAACCUUUCUCGGUGUUGGUAUCAUGGCAAAGCAGGAAUCAUUCGGGACUUCAUGGUUACCAAGUGGCCUAUCAUGCAUUGGAUAAUGUCGCCGAGGUGAGUGUACGUGGUAAAUUAUUAGAUCCAAAAGCACGCUCGGUGAAACUGACAAAACUGUCAUCGGACACUCGAUACCUGAUCUGCGUACUAGGUCUCGGUAGUUGGGGUACACCGAUCCCAGAGGAUAUCGGUGCCUGGCAGUGGAAUUCCUCUCAUGACGAUUUAAUCGAAGGAUCAACGUUACCGGUUAUGUCCGACUCACCAACAAGUCGAUGUACCGAGGUUAGAACGUUGGAUGCUCCGGAUUCGAUAGUCGGUGAUGGUACCAUGAACGAUAGAGGAGGUCUCGCUCACAUUCUAACGAGACGCUUGGGUUUGAUAGUCGGUAGCUGCAUGGGAUUCGUUGUCUUUAUAGUGUUAAUCUCAGUAUUAGGUUACAUGAAGAUGAAGAAGCAAAGGGCUGCCAUUAAGAGGGAUCAACCGAUAGCCUCAAACCCACCAGAGUACAUGUCCUACAGGCACUUUUCCUUGCAAAGCGGCGAUCGAGCAGAGAAUCCGUGUCCCAGCUUUAUCAGCAACAUCGGUACCACACCUUUAAACUCGUAGCAUAAGCCGAACGAGUCUCGCAAACACGAAUCUCGCGAGCACGAUAUUGAGAUGAAAAGCAUCUCGACAUACACAGGUAUCUUCGGCUAACUUAUUCGCUAUCAAAAUAACGACGACCGUCCAAACGUCGAGUAGUCGAGGAUAUCGGCCCGCUCGGAAAACGAAUCUCGGGAAGAGUCUGCUUCUGAUCGGUGCGUAGAAAAUGGACAUUUUCUUUUCAUGGCACGUUAUAAAAAUAAACAGAAAAACGGACGAGUACAUAUGUUUCCUUUUCGAAAUGUUACAAAAAGUUCGUUUUUCAAAACUUGCCAAUAAAUUCGAGUCGGACAUCGAACUUUCUCAUUUACGGGAAAAUCAACCAUAAACGAUUUAUCACCACUAAAAAAUUCUUACGAUUUCCGUAAAAGUUCUUCUUUCUCCUGUUUUUUUUUUCUUUUCUUUUUUUAUUUCUUUCGUUUCUUUUUUUCUUUUUUACACCCUUCAACUCGGACGCUGCCUAGUUAAACUAACUGUGCCAAAAAGGAAUCGGAAACUUUUUACUUGCUUUUCUUCCAAUCCUUCGAAGAUCUUCUAAGAUCGAUCGAUCGACAAAGGAGGAAACUUUACGAUGAAGACUUUUUAAAUAAAUAGAAAGAAACGCGAUAAUAGUUAAAGAAAAUUGAUCGUUAUCCGAUCGUUCAUAUUUACUACCGAGUAACAACGCAACGAGUUUCAUAAAACUUCGAAUCGCUUGCGCGCGAAGACUGAUUUUUUAAGUGGUUUAUUCGAUUCCCCUCACUACAAUACUUCCCGUCUUACGAUUUUAAAUCUCAUCUGUGUACGAUAUGCAGAAAAGAAAUCAUUGUAAAUAAAAUCAAAUGAAAUAAAAGAAAAAUAAAGAGAAGAAAACAAAGAAAAUGCAACUUAACGAUUAUUCGUACAAACGUGUAUAUCUAACGAGAAGAAAAAACAGAAAUAAAUAAAUAAAUAACAAGAAAUUCCGUUUCCAUAGUGCUGCGAAAGCAAUAUUACACUUAUUCAUUCAUAUUAUUCUUAUGAACAGCACUAAUGGCGAAAUAAAAGAGAUAUGUUCGGUUCCGGACGCAAGGAAAAACUCUUUAGAAUUAAAGAAUUAUCGAAGUUCAUGUGUGAUUCCUGCCAAACGAAAAAGAAAGAGAGGAAGAUUGAGAGAUCAGACGUAAUCAAUUGCCAAAACUAUUGACUGUGUACGAAAGCGUUACGAAGAAUCAGUAUAUUGUAUAUAGAUAGAGAAUAUGUAUACACUUAACAAUUCUUUAUUAUAGUCUAGGCUUUCGUUUAAUAAAAAUUCGUCAAAACUA